AUGGAUCAAGCCGACCCCGCGACCAUCGAUCCGCUUGCAGCGUUGGAAGCCGAGUAUGCAGCGGUCGUAGCACAGAGCAGUAUACUCUCUACAGAGAUCUCUUCUAUACAUUCAGAUGAUGUAGAAUCCGCUUGCAGCGACAGCGAAGACGCAGAAUUUGUUGCGAUUGAAGGCUUUGAAAAUUACGUUUUGCUGCCUUCUUCGCCUUGUACGAGCGACGCUGAAGCAUUGGAAACGUCUUCAAACGAUGAAGAAGAUAGUGAGAAAGAUGCGGACAAUACAAAAGAAUCUCCAAGUGAGUCAAAAACUGAGGAAAUAUCCUUAGAAUGGAAACAUAAUGGUCGUCUACUGGAGAGCAAACGAGAGGCUAUUAUGAAGAGCAUGCAGCAAGUAAAGAUUCGUCCGCCUCCGUGGGCUCAAGCUGCGAAUUUGACGGACGAGGAGCUGGUGAAUAUGGUAAAGAAACAGCUCGGGAUGAAGUAA